UAUUUUUAUGUUUUUGGAUUUAGAAAAUAUUUAUUUAUCUAGAAGGAAAUUAUUUUAAAUAAUAAUUAGUAUUUAAGAUACUCUAAAUUGUUUUUUUAUUUCGAUCCCUAUAAUUUAAUAAUUUAUGAUAGGAGACAAGUGGCUGAGCUUUUAAACCCGCUAUCAAUUUUUUUUUUUCAAUAAAAAUAAUUUUAUUUCGCUAUUUUUAGAAGUGAUAUAAUAGAGGUGAAGGUACCAAAGGUUGAGAGAACGAUGUAGACUUGGAAUUUCUAACCUGCACUAAUCGGGAACCUCCUGUCACGCUCGAACGCAUUUGAAAUACGAUUGCACUUCGUGUGCUCCUCAGUGGGUUCCAAAACCUCAUGAGGGUUCAACCACUACUAGCUGGGCACCUCCUGGGGUUGUGCUGUGGUACUUGAAAUAUGAUAAUGCCGAGUGUAACGUCGGUGUUGCUGGUACCUCAUGCUGGCCAAACCAUUCAAACUGACGCUUUACCCAGGUGUCUCAAACUCCACAAAGAUUCCCCAGAUUUUUAUGAUAGGGAUGACGCCGGUCGAGUAGGUAAUUAGUCUAAGAGGGUCUGGAUUAGGAGUAGACAUGUUUGGAGAAUCUCCCAUCGGAGUGACAGGGUGUAGUGGAGACACAGUCACCACAGAGGUGUAGGUACCAAAGGCCGAGAGAACGAUGUAGACUUGGAAUUUCUAACCUGCACUAAUCGGCAACCUCCUGUCACGCUCGAACGCAUUUGAAAUACGAUUGCACUUCGUGUGCUCCUCAGUGGGUUCCAAAACCUCAUGAGGGUUCGACCACUACUAGCUGGGCACCUCCUGGGGUUGUGCUGUGGUACUUGAAAUAUGAUAAUGCCGAGUGUAUCGUCGGUGUUUCUGGUACCUCAUGAUGGCCAAACCAUUCAAAUACGUACGCGCUCCGAGCGCCACCCAAAUCCUCACCACCCCCACCCCCGCCGCCCUUCCGCCCCUCAUCCCUUAAGAAUCGCGCCAAAUUUUGAAGUGAGGAAGCCCUUGAGACCCUUCCAAAAUCCGCCAUUUUUUGAAACAAAAAAAAAUGAAUUGCUCUCUCAAGGCGGGGGUAGUUCUCACCCUCAAGUGCUCCAGUGAAUAGGUAUUUAGUGAUGAGGGUUGAAACGUAUACGAGAUAUUUUGAAUUCUUUCUCCCUCGUCAGAAUGUUUUAAAUGCGAAGGUGAGUGGGGGUGGGAAAGGCCGGCGUCGACGCUCGACGACGCCACAGGGUCGAAUGGCUUCCCAUCGAGGGUGGAAAAAUAGGCGACGGGGUGGGUUAUACGUCGGUUAGGGUAGUAGUAUGUGCGCAUCCAACGUGCGGAAUACUAGGUGAGUGGGGCAAGAAACAACCCCUGUAUUGCUGAAUCGUUCGACGGGGUAAAUAAUUUGUUUGUGUGAUUCUGCGAGUGGUAAAAAUUAGGGUGGGACCGUCGUUAUCGUGUAUUGAAUUUUGAAAAAAAAAAAAAAAAAAAUUUAAUCACCAGAGGAACUUCGUGAAGUUUUUGUGCGUCGAUUCGUGUCAUCGUUCGGUUUUAACGUAUGUUAAGAUGUUAUCAGUGGUUUAACGUGCGGGUUCUCGUGAAGGGUACAGUUGGAUAAUUUAAUAUAGGGGUGAGAAAUAAUGAGUGGUUCCAGUGCGAUACCCCUUAUUCUGGCGAAAAAGGAGCAGAUACUGCAAGGAAUCAGUGGUGCAGGUGAUGAUGGCAAUCCGAUGGUCGGUGGGAAUUCAGAUAAAAAAUCUGGAUACGAAACGAACCUAUACCUCUAUAGCGAUGAACUGGAUGAUCGGCCUAGUGUGGCCACAAUCCUCUCCAACUUAGCAGACUACAGUAAUACGAUUCCACCGCCGACGGAUCCCGACAGCAAAACAGCACCACCAGCACCUGGAGGUGCUCGCAUGGGCACGUUGGUUGGUGUCUUCUUACCAUGCAUUCAAAACAUCUUCGGUGUCAUCCUCUUCAUCCGUCUGACGUGGGUCGUGGGAACUGCCGGCGCCAUUCAGGGAUUUCUCAUCGUCUUAUGUUGCUGUUGUGUCACGAUGCUAACCGCCAUCAGCAUGAGCGCCAUCGCCACCAAUGGAGUCGUACCUGCUGGUGGCUCCUACUUCAUGAUAUCCAGAAGUCUCGGCCCUGAAUUUGGUGGCGCAGUCGGAAUGCUAUUCUACACCGGCACAACCCUGGCAGCUGCCAUGUACAUCAUCGGCGCUGUCGAAAUCGUUUUGACGUACAUGGCACCAGAUCUCAGUAUAUUCGGUGAUCCAAGCUCGGAUCCAACGGUUAUGGAGAAUAACUUUCGAGCUUAUGGUACAGCACUGCUGAUGGUGAUGGGGGGUGUCGUCUUCAUCGGAGUUAAAUUCGUCAACAAAUUCGCUGGUGUCGCCCUCGCCUGCGUCAUAUUCUCGAUUAUUUCGGUUUACGUUGGACUGUUCACGAAUAUCAAUGGAAAUGACGCACUUAAAAUGUGUGUACUCGGUAAACGUCUUCUGAGGAACGUCUCCGUCGCCGAGUGCGGUAAGAACUACAGCCGAACACACGAUAUGUUCUGUAAUAGCACCUCUGAACGGUGCGAUGAAUAUUACAGAACUCACGACUUCGAAAUUGUGAAGGGAAUCAAGGGACUGGCGAGCGGUGUUUUCAUGGAAAAUCUCGCUGGAAGAUUCCAGACACUCGGCCAAUACAUCGCCUACGGUGAAGAUCCAGUUGACGUCGACAAGAUAACGAAACCCAUAACUCCGUACAUUACCAACGACCUGACGACUGCCUUCACGAUCUUGAUAGGAAUAUUCUUCCCGUCGGUCACUGGUAUCAUGGCGGGCUCCAAUCGCUCCGGAGAUCUUGCCGACGCUCAGAAGUCCAUUCCCAUCGGCACCAUCUGCGCAAUCCUGACGACAUCAACCGUUUACCUCUCCUCAGUAUUACUAUUCGCUGGAACCGUUGACAAUCUCCUCCUCCGGGAUAAGUUCGGCCAGAGUAUCGGCGGAAAGCUGGUCGUAGCGAACAUCGCCUGGCCCAAUCAAUGGGUCAUCCUCAUCGGUUCGUUCCUGUCAACCCUCGGGGCUGGAUUACAAUCACUGACGGGCGCUCCACGUCUCCUCCAGGCCAUCGCCAAGGACGGCAUCAUUCCAUUCCUCUCGCCCUUCGCCAAAUCAUCGAGUCGCGGCGAGCCGACACGCGCCCUCAUCCUCACCGUCUUCAUCUGCCAGUGCGGAAUCCUUCUGGGGAACGUCGAUUACCUCGCGCCACUGCUCUCCAUGUUCUUCCUCAUGUGUUAUGGCUUCGUCAACCUCGCCUGCGCCCUUCAGACCCUGUUGAAGACCCCCAACUGGCGCCCGAGGUUCAAGUACUACCACUGGAGCCUGUCCUUCAUCGGGCUCUCCCUGUGUGUCGCCAUCAUGUUCAUGACCAGCUGGUACUACGCCCUCCUCGCGAUGAUGAUGGCGGGUGUCAUCUACAAGUACAUCGAGUACCGCGGGGCUGAGAAGGAAUGGGGGGAUGGUAUCAGAGGGUUGGCCCUGUCCGCCGCGAGGUACUCCCUCCUUAAACUUGAAGAGGGCCCACCCCACACGAAGAACUGGCGACCCCAGAUCCUGAUGCUCGUCAAACUCACCGACGAUCUCGUUCCCAAGUACAGGAAGAUGUUCGCGUUUGCCAGUCAGCUGAAAGCAGGACGAGGACUCACCGUCUGCGUCAGCUGCAUCAGGGGUGACUUCACCAGGAACUCCGGGGAAGCCUUCGCUGCGAAGCAAAGCCUCCGGAAGAUCGCGGACGAGGAGAAGGUGAAGGGAUUCGUUGAUGUCCUGGUGGUGCGUGACGUCGUCGACGGACUCAGUUCCCUGAUCCAGACGACUGGCCUCGGGGGGAUGAAGCCGAAUACUGUCAUCCUGGGGUGGCCCUACGGCUGGCGUCAGUCGGAGGACGACAACUGGCGGACGUUCCUGCAGACGGUGAGGAACGUCACGACGUCGAGAAUGGCGGUGCUGGUGCCGAAGGGCAUCAACUUCUUUCCGGAUUCUACGGAGAAGGUCGUCGGGUUCAUCGACGUCUGGUGGAUUGUUCAUGAUGGUGGACUUCUCAUGCUCCUGCCGUUCCUUCUCCGACAGCACAGGACGUGGAGCAAGUGCAAGAUGAGGAUCUUCACGGUUGCGCAGAUGGAGGAUAACUCGAUACAGAUGAAGAAGGACCUGAAGAAGUUGCUUUACAACUUGAGGAUCGAGGGGGAGAUUGAAAUCGUGGAAAUGAUGAACUCCGAUAUAUCCGCGUACACAUACGAGCGCACUUUGGUAAUGGAGCAGAGGAAUCAGAUGCUCCGUGAAUUGCGUCUGAAUCCCCAGCAAUCGCUCGGACUGGUGCAGACAUUGGACUUCGACAAGGUUCAAGCUGUUGUCGAUCAUCAUCACAAUGUCGAUGUGAAGACGGCGACGAAGGUGAGGUUCCAGGAGCCCGGGUAUCAGGCGAAUGGUGGUGAAGAGGCGCAGGAGAAACUCGUGCAGGAAACGGCCAUUGGAAAGGAGCCUAAAUGUGGUGAUAAUAAUGAUAACAACGAAAAGGGAAAUGUCGUGGUGAAAUGUGAGGAGGAGAAGCAUUUGUUGUCGGGUUCACCGAGAGCGGAAAAUAAGGAGAUGAGUGAGAAGACCAAAGAGGCGAAGGAGAGCGCUAAUGAUAAGAAUGAAAGUGAGAACAGCUCUACUCCACAGCAGCAGAUCAAACCGGAUGAGGAUGACGUACGGCGCAUGCACACUGCGGUCAAACUGAAUGAGGUCAUUGUUAACAAAAGCCAUGACGCUCAGCUGGUGAUUAUCAAUCUUCCAGGACCACCGAAAGAAACGAAAAUGGAGCGUGAAUCCAGUUAUAUGGAAUUCUUGGAAGUACUCACCGAGGGAUUAGAAAAAGUUCUCAUGGUGCAUGGAUGCGGUCGCGAAGUUAUCACAAUGUACUCGUGAAGUGAGCCAUCAGCAUCAGCAUGUCGUAACGAAAAAAAACGUCAUAAAAUAUUUCAUUUAUUAUUAUUUCAACCUGCGAUAAAAAUUUACGUAUUUAACUGGCCAUCGAUAUGCGUCACCGUAAAUUUUUAUAAAAUUUUCAUCGCCACUCGCCCAUCACAUUCUGGUCAUUAUAUCAGAAGAAUGAAAUUCUCGUGCUCGUUAUUUGUGAUGGAAAAAUUGUUGGGCGGUAAUGGAAUGGGACCUACCCCUUCCCAUCGUCGGGAAGGGGCCCGGGCCCGGGGGUAGGGCCCUUUCCAUUACCGAAAAGGGCCUCAGGAGGCCCCGGGGAGGCGGUAAGGGGAAGGGGAAGGGUCCCAAGAGGCCCCGGGAGGCGGAUAUGAGGAGGGAAAGGGCCCCAGGAGGCCCCGCUCGGGGCCUUAAGGCCCCGGGAGCCGGUAAUGGAGAAGGAAAGGCCCAUUUCCAUUACCACUCAGGGCCUUGCGGCCCCGGGAGGCGGUCAGGGAGAGGGGAUGGGCCCCAGGAGGCCCCGCUCGGGGCCUUAAGGCCCCGGGAGUCGGUAAUGGAAAGGGUAAGGCCCAUUUUCAUCACCGCUCGGGGCCUCAAGGCCCCGGGAGUCGGUAACGGAAAGGAUAAGGCCCAUUUUCAUCACCACUCGGGGCCUUAAGGCCCCGGGAGUCGGUAACGGAAAGGAUAAGGCCCAUUUUCAUCACCACUCGGGGCCUUAAGGCCCCGGGAGUCGGUAAUGGAAAUGGUAAGGCCCAUUUUCAUUACCGCUCGGGGCCUCUUGCGGCCCUUCCCCUUCCCAUUACCGGACAAGGCCCCUUCCCAUUAUCGGAUAGGGCCCCGCCAGGCCCAGGGGGGACGUUGAGGGAG